AUGGGGCUGGUUGGCUCUCCCUUGCCGGCCACGUUUGCCCAUCCCAGAUCCAGACUCACCACGUUCCUGCCUCCCAUCCACACCAUGGCUUACAGCUACAAGACCCCUUCCCCUCCCUGCCCCCUGCCGCACAGCUCCAGGCUUCCCUGGGAGCCCAGCGCCUACUAUAAAGCCGCUGCCACCAACCCAACCUUGGCUCCCUUCUUCAGCCACUCCCAGGGAUCACCCUCCUGCACGAGGCUUCCUCCCAUUGCCAACAGAACCACCCUCUGCACCCGCUACACGCCUGACGACUGGUACCAGUCCAACCUGAGCAGCUACAGGGAGGCCGAGACGUCCCGGCGGGAUGCGGAGAACCUGAGAGACGACACCUCCUGCUUGGUCCACGACAAAUACCAGCAGACAAGGGAAAACCAGCAGGAGAGCACCAAAAACCUGGGAGAGCGAGUCCAAGAUAUUGGAUUUUGGAAGUCAGAGCUGUGCUGUGAGCUGGACAAGAUGAUCGGGGAGACCAGCGCGCUCAUGGACGUGAAGAAAGGGCUGGAACGAGCCCUGGCCCAGUCGGAGGUCCCUCUCCAGGUCGCUCAGGAGUGCCUGCUGCACCGGGAGAAGAGGCUGGGCAUCGACCUGGUGCGCGACGAGGUGGAGGAGCAGCUCCUGGCAGAAGUGGAGGUCAUCAGGUCCUGCCAGGAGAGGAUGCGGCGGAGCCUGGAGAAGGCGAAAGGCCAGCUCUGGUCCAACAGGGCGGCCCAGCACGAGGUGGAGAGGGACCUGGCCAACAAGCAGACAGCCCACAGCAUCGACCAGAAGUGCCACCAGCUGAGGAACACCUCCGAUGGCAUCAGCUACUACCGAGGGGUGGAGCAGGUCGAUGCCACGAUCUCGGUGCCAGAGUCGUGGGCCAAGUUCACAGAUGCCAACAUCCUCCUGUCCCAGAGGGAGCGGGCGGCCUCCGCCAAGCUGCGGGACGACAUCCAGACCCUGCUGGAGGUGACGAGCAACCAGAUGUGGCACCAGUUCAACCAGGCCAACGUUGCCUUCACCAACCGUGUGGCAGAGACCACCAAUGCCAAGAGCAAGAUCCAGACCCACCUGGCCAAGACACUGCAGGAGAUCUUCCAAACUGAGAUGAGCAUAGAGACCAUCCGAAAAUGCAUCCGAGACCACGAUCCUGCGCUCAGAGUGGCCCAGACCCGGCUGGAGAAGCGCACCCGGAGACCCGACGUGGAGCUGUGCCGGGACAACCCCCAGCUCUGCCUGGUCAACGAGGUCUAUGAACUUGACAAGACAAUCCAGACCCUCCAGCAGCAGCUGAGAGACAGCCAGGACAGGCUGCAAGUGCUGGUUCGCACCAGGGCAGCCCUGGAGCACGACCUGGCCAUCAAAGCCAACUCCCUGUACAUCGACCAGGAGAAGUGUCUGGGGAUGAGGAAGAGCUUCCCCAGCACCGCGCGGCUGCCGGGCUGUGAUUAG